CGAAACGUCAAAUUCAGUUUGAUAAAACUUCGGCGACGCAUGUGACGUAAAGAAUUUAUUUUAAAAAGAAAUUCAUAAAAAUACUGCUGAAUUACUUUCGGUUUUCCAAUAAAAUACCGACAAUGAGCCGGCAAGUGGAUAUAAAGGCGUUAGUGUCCCAUAUAGUGCGUGGAGAUGGAUCAGAUAGAUGCCGAAUUUGUAUGGGAGACACGAGUGAGGGCCAAGUUCAUUUAGAAGACACUGUGAUGAUGGAUGGAGACAAGCCUGUGACGCUUGCUGAGCUGCUGGAAGUAAUUACAGGAGUACAGGUGCGGCUGGACGAUGACCUGCCCGUAGGCCUGUGCUCCGUAUGCUCAGUGUCCGCACUGCAGGCUGCAGACUUCAGGACUCAAUGCCGCAGGUCGGCCUUACAGUGGGAGACCACACUGGAACUCCUCGACAGCAUACAUAGCCAGGCCAAAGCCAGUUCUGAUGGGAAAAUCGUUGCUAUAGUAACAGAAAACAGUAUUUCUUUCAAAGAUUUAGAACGGAAUGAACCGCAAGAAGUACAAGUAAAACAAAAAGUUAAAAGCUCCAAUAUGAAGGGUUUAAAAUGUCAGUGUCCGUGUUGUGGCAAGCGGUUCCUGUAUGCCCAACUUUUGCAUCAACAUCUGAAGGAGUCUUCGGACAACCAACGAGCUUGCCACAUUUGUGCCGGGAUCAUGACAAGAGAACAAUUGCUUGCACAUUACGUAGAUGUACAUAUGAUAAUUCCGUAUAGUUGCAAGAAGUGUCCGGCUAUGUUCCAUAAUGUUUCUCAGUAUAAACUCCACCUCUCGCAAGCCCAUGCGCCUGGGGCCUGUACUUGUGGCGAAUGCGGACGGAGUUUCCAAAGCGAGCAUGCAUACUACGCUCAUCUUACUGUUCAUGCCCCAAAAACGUGUCCAGGAUGCGAUGAAUUAUUCCGAAACCUGAAAUGCUACCACUAUCACGUAAAACGAUGCUGUAACCUAGAUAAAACCCGCUUGGAUACACAUAAAACUAAGAAUAAAGUCACUAUUCCCGUCAAAAAUAAGAAUAAAAACAUCAGGGUUGGGUUGCGAGGUAGCGCCGACACGGAGUGUAUCUGUGAUUACUGUAAAAAGAAGUUUGCGGGCAAGAAGUUCGUUACAGCUCAUAUACAGAUAGUCCAUAUGAAAACUACGCAUCGUCCUUGCGUUUACUGUGGGAAGUUACUAGCCGCGGCACACAUGUCGACUCAUCUGAAGAAACACGAAUCAAAUGAGUCGUUCAAAUGUGGGCAUUGUGGCAUCGUGUUAAAGACCAAACUCGGUUAUAUCCAACACGUACGUUUGCACACAGGCGAAAGACCUUAUACAUGCAAAUUUUGUGGGGAAUCCUUCUCAGCUUCUUCAAGAAGAUCAGAACAUAUAAGAAAAUGUCAUAGAGAGACCGAAAUUGUAUUAAAACAUGCCUGUUCCUAUUGUCCUGCGCGGUUCAGAUUGCCUUAUCGCUUGAAAAAGCACGUUUCGUCAGUCCACGGUGAUGGAAAGGAACAGGUGAUGCCAUUUGAGUGUAGUGAAUGCCAUGAGAACUUCAGCAGCUGUCGAGGGUUACUCCAUCAUAGUAGGAAGCACCAGGAAGUUGAUACUGCUCCCAGGGUCCCGAGAGCAAGAGUUAAGGUUGAUUAGAGAGAAGAAUGGAGAUUGGACCCAGCGCUCCCCUGCGGCUUAUGCAGGACCUGUUCCGACGACACCCUUGCAGCCAUUACCUUCAAGAAUCUCUGCGCUCAGUCCGCUCACCACUGGACUGAAGGGUCCACCUACCUCACCCAGGUCUACCCACCCACCGAAGAAGAUAAGGCAUACUUCAUAUUCUAUAAUGAGGAUAAGACCAUCGUAAAAGACCAGAUAGACCGAGUCCCCACCACAAAAGACGCGGCUGAUAGGUUAAAUUUGAAAUAUACUAUUCCUGAACCUGAAAAAGUUCGUAAACCAAGGCAGCAAUAUAGUUCUAAGAAGGCUUGUAAAUGUCCCGAUUGUGGGAAGAAGUUCUCUACCCCCGAGUAUUUGAAUUAUCAUUUGAGGAAUACGUUGAAACGGGCGUGUAGGGAGUGCAGACUCAUCGUCCCUAAGAAGAAAUUGGCUAAGCAUUUGGCGUCGCAACAUGGUAUAAAUUUACACGAGUGUAAUGCCUGUUUCAAGCUGUUUGUGGACGAGGAUCUGAUGAAAAAGCAUGUGGAGGUAGACCAUAGAAAGUUGGCGUUUUCCUGCCAUCAUUGUGGGAACAGCUACGUUAGUGAACGGGCUCUAAGAGCUCAUGCUCAUGCCCAUUCACUCUUCCACUGCGCUUUCUGCAACAGAAGCUAUGAAAACAUCAAAUGCUACAAAUACCAUAGAAAUACAUGCGAGUUCCUCGAUCGGCCUUCAGUGCAGUUUAAAAACUUUACGUGUGACCAUUGUGGCGUUACUUAUAACCGAAAACCGUCGUUACGGAUACAUAUAAUACAAAAACACCUAAACGUUUUGCCCUACGUAUGCCAAACGUGUGGGAAGAGGACUUCAACGCUUGCUCACUUACGGUCUCACGAAAAGACUCAUGUGCCUGAAAGAAGGGUCUUUCAAUGCGGUUGUGGAGCUCAAUUGCGCACGGAAUUAGGAUUCCAGUUACACCUAAGGAUUCAUACCGGAGAAAGACCCUAUAAGUGCGAGCAUUGCGGCGAUAGGUUCCUCUCGUCUUCUCGAAGAUUGGAUCAUAUUAAAAGACGGCAUAGAGGCGCCAGUGACUUUAAGCAUGCGUGUGAUCAGUGUACGGCUCGAUUCAUGAAAGAAGAACCAUUGACACCAGUCGGGGCCUGUGUCGCCUGCGCCAGCACAGCCCUCGCCGCACAAGAAUUCCGGAUAUUCGUCAGAAACUCGGAAAAAAUAUGGCGAAAAGCCAUAAUUAAUAUAGGCACACUACCAAACACAAUAUUCCCUCCUACGAAAUCAGUUUGCGCUAUAAUAAAAACAUCAGACAUUUCAAUACAGACGUUUAAAGAUUAUAACACAACGGACGCGAAAACUAUUUUAAAUCGGAUCAAAAAUCGAGUUGGGAAGAAGCCUGUAGAUCGAAAGCCUAGGGGAGCAAGAACUGGGCCCACAUGCAGCUGCCCUGACUGUGGCAAAGGAUUCCUAAGCCCUUAUUACCUAAACAUGCACUUACGAAACAGUGGGCAUAAAGAAGCAUGUCUCAUUUGCGGCUCUGUUCUCGUCAGAGGCAAUGAUAUGAAAGAACACAUGGCAAAUAUACACAAUGAAGUCACAUUCUUAUGUAAACAGUGUCCUAUUUUAUGUCCAAGCGAGGCUCAGUUGAAAAAGCAUGUGAAAAAAGCUCAUAAGGCCGGCGCGUUAACUUGUACUGACUGCGGAAGGACGUUCCCUAGGAAUGCGUCUUUCGAGAAUCACUCCCAAAUGCAUGCGGUUAGGACAUGUCGAGCUUGUGGGGUGCAGUUCACAAAUAGAGGCUGUUAUAGGGAACAUAGGUCUCAAUGCGAACCUGACGCUAAGCCUAACACGCAAGAUAUGCCUCGAAACCGCCGCUCAAACAUCAGAGACCCAGCCACGUUCACCUGUGACCAUUGUGGCAAAACUUACAACUCUAGACCUCAACUCAAAAACCAUAUACUAUGGAUCCAUAUGGAUAUAAGACCCCAUCAGUGUCAGUGGUGCGAAAAGAGGUUUUACACCCCAGCGCGACUGGCUGAACACACAGUCGUUCAUACGCGCGUUCGAAAUUUCGAAUGUGACAUUUGUGGCGCGAAGCUUGUAUCUAAGAUGGCGGCGGUUUACCACAGACGAAGGCAUACAGGCGAAAGGCCUUAUGAGUGUGAGGAUUGUGGAGAGAAAUUCAUUUCGGCUUCGCGUAGAUCGGAACACGCUAAACGUAGACAUAAUAAGGGAUUCAAAUUGCCAUGCCUGAAAUGUUCAGCGAAUUUUGUUAGGAAACAUGAGCUGAAAAAACAUAUGGAUAAGGCUCAUAGGGCCCAAGAAGAAAACGCCAUAGUCUGGCCUUAGAACCUAUUGACUUAGACUCUGUCCUUUAAUUUGCCCGGAUUAUUGGUAAAAGAAAAUCUUCCUAUAUUUCUACCAAAUAUCUUAUUAAUAUUAUAAAUGCGUAAGUUUGUGUGUGUCAAUCACGUCAAAACGGCUGAAGAGGUUAAGAUCGAAUUUGCAACGGGGGUAGAUUGUGAGCUAAAAUAACACAUAGGUUACUUUUUAUCUCAAGGGAAAGCGAGCAGAAGCUAGUCAUUCAUCACUACUCGUAUUUAAUGACGAAAUGUUUUUAAACUCACUUUUAUUUAUAAUUUUCUGACAAAAGUCUGACAGACAGACUUUUCUAAAUGUGAAACAGGUCAUUAUUCUAUUAAAUAUAAUAAUAUCUUGACAAUAAAUAGUAAAGGAUUAUCCAAUUUGGUGCAGUAGUUUCGGAGAUCUGUGCGGACAUUUAAAUAAUGUUUUUUUUUUAUGUAUAUAGAAUAGAGUGAUGUAAUUUUUGUGUAUAGUUUUGCUCAAAUUCAUUAUGUGCUAUGAAAUAUGUUUUCAAUAUUUUGUUAAACUCAUAGAUUAAUUAUCUACAUAUAAUAGUAUUGGACAUGUAUACUACCAAAAGGUAUUCAAAACUUCGUUUCCCAGGGAGGGCAAACAAAAUAAUACUUUGCCCUACCCGUCUUUGGCGAUCAUGAAGCAAAUACAAAGAGAUGUCAUAACUGGAUGUCCCUUUAACAUAACGCGUGACACGUUACGGGGAGCGCGGGACGUUACAAACCGCGCCCCUCUCUAUGUCCCAUCUAGCGGUCCCAUACUACACACACGUUGCCAAUUGUCCACAUUUUAAUGUGACACUUUCUGAGCUUAUAACCUAUCUACACAUUUUUACUUAUAAUAUUAUAAAGGGCCGUGUUUUUGUGUCACAAUGUACAAUCACAUUAUGGCAUCUCCUCUUUGUACUUGCUUCAUGUAGGCUUUUCUCAACAUAAAAGAUUUUCUUUUCUAUUUUUCCAAUAAUAUCUCUGUCAUUCUGUAUAAUAUCUAAGAGCAGUGUAAAAGAUGGGGCCCAGUAAGGCUGAAGCCUGAUCCGGAGCUGCUACCUAGCGGGUUUACCGGGUGCUCCGGUUCGAAAAGCAGGAGUAGGAACGGGAUAGAUUUUAGUCAGUAAGAGUCUGAUACUCCCUUUCGCCUCGCCCAAGGCGAGAGAAGUCAUUGGAUGAUUUUCCCACUUAAAAAAAAAGCGUAGUGCAAGGCAAGGCUUUAAUAUCAGGUGAUUUGUCUACUGAUAUGCCUCCAAAAAUUUCUAGACUAAGCUCUUUAUGGACUCAAGUUGUAAAUAGUAAUUAAAAAUCUAGUUGGUAUUGAUAUUAUUUAAUUGUGUAGAUAUUUGUUAAAUAAGAUUAUAAUGUUACAUUUCUGGUGUAUUAAAUUACUUUAUCUUUUGUAUGAAAU